AUGAACACGCCGAUAGAGCAGAUGAACAAGAAGCUUUGGUGUGAAUACCACAAGGAGUGUGGUCAUACCACCCGGAACUGCAGAGAGCUUAAGAGAGCCCUUGACAAGCUAGCUGAGGAAGGAAAGCUUAACAGAUAUCUCAAGUCCCCCCCGAAGGAUAAGCAAAGCAAGGUUGCCAAGGAAGUGCAAGAAGCCCAUAGCUCAGCUGACACUAAUUUCAGCAUCAAUGUCAUAGCCGGAGGGUUUGCCUCCGGGGGUUUGUCUAGCAGGGCACGCAAAAGUCACUUGCGGUCGCUCGAAGAGCCCAUCUAUGAUAUCGGCACUCCCUCAUCUACCCCAAAGGACCCCCUCAUGGUAUUCAGGGAUGAUAAAGGAAAGAAGAUUCAUAGGCCUCAUGAUGACCCCUUAGUGAUUCAUAUGAAGGUGGCCAAUGCUAAGGUGAAGAAGAUCUUAGUAGAUAGUGGAAGCUCAGCAGACAUCAUCACAUGGAAAUGCAUCGAGAAAAUGCGUUUUGGAAGAGGUGACCUUACACCCCUGGAGAAACCCUUAGUGGGAUUUGGGGGGCAUCAUGUGUACCCCUUAGGAACGAUCAAGCUUCCUGUUCGAUUGGGGGAAAAGAAGAAGGGGAGAAGCUUGGUUCACGCGUUCUUAGUUGUGGAUACCCCUCUGCCAUACAACAUGAUUCUUGGCCGACCCCUUCUCAAUAAGGUUAAGGCUGCCAUCUCAACCUAUCACUUGCUCCUCCAAUUCGAGACCGAUAAUGGAUCGGUGGGCAAGAUAUUUGGAGAUCCAUUCGAGGGAAGAAAAUGCUAUGUAGAUAGCCUGAAGUCACCUGAGAGCUCCGUCAAUCAGGAAGACAAGGGGGCCAAGAGGAAAGCGAUGGAUAUUGAUGAACCUCAGCACCCGGUUAUGAGCAUCUACAUGGCUGAGAAUCCGAAAUAG